AUGAGAAAACUCACGGAUAUUUUAUUGAUAACGUUAUUAAUAAUAAAUUCAAGUUUAUCACUUGAACCAAUACCAUAUUCAAUAAAUACUAAAAAAUGGAGUCACGUUUUGGAUGAUCAUUUUAUAAGUAUAACAAUUAAUCCGACGGAUUUAUUACAAGGGAGAGUUUUCGGUUUGACAAUGAAUUCAACAAUGGCCAUACUCAAGGGUCUAUCACCUGCUUACAUAAGAAUCGGUAGCGCAGAUACAGCAAAAUACACGUUUAAAAAAACUCGACAUUUAAAUGAUAUGAUAAAACCAGAAGAUGAAUAUACAGUUACUGAAAGUCAUUGGAUGGUUUUUAACGAAGUGGCACAAACGGCUGGUUUAAACGUCAUUGUUUGUCUUAAUGCCGCACAUAGAAUUGAUGGUACUAAAAAAUGGGAUACGAGAAAUUCAUUGGAAUUGAUAUCGUUUUCCGAUAGUCAGGGAUAUAAUUUAACGUGGCAAUUGGGUUACGAAAUUCAAAGUAGCGAUGAUUUAUCGGGUAUACAAUUUGGUAAAGAUUUAAAUAGGUUAAGAACGAUAUUAAAUGCAUUUCCGAGAUAUCAAAAUUCAAAAUUGAUCGGUCCCGAUAUAAAAAUAAUACAUAAAAAAGAAGAUGUCGAUUUUUGGAAUGACGUUUUAAUAGAAGCUGGACCAACAUUGGAUGCUGUCACGUGGCACCCGAGAUGGCCUCAACCUAGUAAAAUGAAAGUAUCGGAAAAUUCCGAAUUAGGCUACGAAUUUCCCGUUGAUUAUUUAGAAUGGGAUAGAAUGCAAUUGAAUAAAAUAUUACAGAGAACGAUUUUUAAAAAUCCAAUAUGGAUAGGAGAAACUAAAAGGGAAAGCACGGGUACUUUUGCCGAAGGACUCAUUUGGGCCAAAAGGUUAGCAUUGGCUGCCAAAGUCGGCGUCGAAGUUGUCAUGAAACAACCUAAUUUGAUGGAUAUAACACAUCCUAAACCGGAAUACUGGAUAGCUUUGCUUCACAAGCGACUUUUGGGAAAAGCAGUUUUAGAAACGAGGAGCGUAACUAACAACACGGAUAUAACCGUCAUUUCUCAUUGUACGAAUCCGUAUUAUUGGACGGACAAACCGGAAAAAUUACAAGAUGGACCCAUAACAAUCUACGGCAUCAACAUGGGCGGUUUAGAACAAAAAAUACAAAUAAAAGGAAUAUUAACGGGUAGAUCACAAUUGGUGUUUCAAUACGUAUUAACUUCCGGUACGGAUCCGGAUUCUGUAUUUUCACAGAUGACGUAUUUGAACGGUGAGCCUCUCAUGAUGACGGAUGAAGGAAUGCUUCCAACAAUAAUACCAAAAAUUAAAAAAUUCGAAAGGAGUUUGAGUAUGAAAUUACCACCUUAUUCUAUUGGAUUUUGGGUAUUGCCCGAAGCAAAGGUUAAAAUUUGUCAGGUACAAACGCAAAAUUUACCAACGGUCAAUAUCGAAACAAUGACGCCAUCUUCGGUGCAAAAAUCACAACAGAACACACUUAAAAACAUCGAAGACAUAAAUCAAUUCAUGGUUGAAAAAUUAAAAAAUCCAGAAGGGGAAAGUACGGAAAUGCCCGAGAUUAAAAUCGAAGAAGUCGAUUCGUCGUCCGAAAGUUCGGAAAAAGAAUUGAAUUCCCUCGUGAAAGACAAUAAUAAUAAUAAUAAUAGUCCGAGAAUAGCGAGAAAAAUCAGACAGGUUAAACAUUCCGAUGAAAUACAACAGCUCAAAGCCAUGAUGCUCGAUACACAAAACAUUUUCACACUUCCGGAAAACGAAAGAAACGAACAAGUUAAAAUGUCGUUUCCGAAAGCGGCGACACCGGAAAUGGAACGAAGAAUAUAUAAGAUAGCAGAAGGAAUAAGCGACGCGAUGAAAACGUCGAAUCAACAACACGAAUUCGAUAAAUUUCUAGAAGAUUCCGGUUUGAAACAAGAUUUUGGAAGUUUGCUCGUUGCCGAUAGACGCGUAAACGCACCAACCGGUUCGAAACAUUAUCAAACAUACGAACCAUCCUCUCAAAUUCCGGAUAUGGAUAAAAUGAGAUUUACAAGAUCCAUUUCCGGAGGAGAAGAAGAAGAGAAAUCAUCGGAAGAAAAUUUAAAAUUUGAAAAAUUAUUAUUAUCAUCGAUCGAAGACGAUGAAGAAGAGGAAAAUGAUGGGAAAAAAAAACAAAAAAAAAAAAAUCUCGUCAUACCCCUUCAACCCGAUUUGAAAGGUUUGGAAGAAAAAUACAAAGCUUUGCUGCAAAUAAAACUCGAAGAUGGUAAAAGAAAAUUUGACGAUUUGAAAAAAAAACUCAACAAACAAAAUGGAACGGAAAUGAAUUUUCUCAACGACGACAACACGAAAAACAUCGAAGAAGAAAUAAUAAAAAAAGAAAUCGAAUUGAUAUCGAAAGCGGAAGAAACCGUUGCCGACAUAUUUAAAAAUCAAAAAAAACGACAGGAAACACUCGAAGAUUUGAUAAUUGACGAACUCAACGAUGUCAAAGAUGAAAGAAUGAACGCAUUGGCCGACAUACAAAAAAAUAAUAAUAAUAAAAAAAAAGACAACGUCAUACGUAAACGACAAACUCAAACCCCUUUGUCUAGACCACUGUCGAAAACCGUGGAAUACAUAGAAAAAAAUUUCGAUUUGGAACCGGAAAGUGUUAAAAAAAUAAAAAGGAGUCUGGAAGAAAAAAUGAGCGAAAUACUUAAAAAUUACGACGUUAAAAGAAGUUCGGAAAUGAAAAAGAGAAAUCCGUCGUCGCAAAAAGAAGAACGUGGUAGAAUGUCACGUCGAACGGAUGAUUCCGAAACGGAAGAAAAACAAAGAAAAAAAAUAUCCGAUGUGAAAAAUUCGAAACAUUUCGAUAUAUCGACGGAUCGAGAUGGCGGUGGAAAAAUAAGAAAUACGAUGAGAAAACCAUUGAAAAACAGUAGAAAACAACAACAUUCCGUCAAAGAAUUCAACGGAAAUGAAAAGGAAAUAACGGAAAAAUCAAAUGAUAAUAAUAAUAAUAAUAAUAAUGAUUCUUUUGAACUUUUCAAUUCUAAGAAAUUUGAAAUUCCGGAAAAUUCUAAGAAAAUGGAAAGGAAACAAGAAACCCGGAUGAAAUCUAAUAAAAAAUCAUCUGAUGAAAAUUCACAUUCUUCCGUGUCGUCAUCGUCGUCGUCUGAUAAAAUAUCCGAGUCCGAUGUUAAACACGGGGAGACGAAUAAUAACGAAGAAAAAAUAGAAAAAGACGACGUUCCCAUCAAAUUGGACAAGAAUAGAAGAGAAACAAUGUUGAAACAAAUAAGUAGCAUCGUCGAUAACAUGCAUUCCGGGGAAAACGAUUACGACAGAUUGAAGAGGAUGAAUAACGAUGAAGAUGAUUUAAGUACGGAAUUCGAACCCGAUAGAAGAUCAAGUAGAAUUAUAAGAAGGCCGAGACAAGCAGACGACGGUGAAAUUAAGGUUAAAAACGAUGAAAUUAUUAAAGAAAAAUUUCCCAGCCUCAUGAAAUAUGAUGAUGAUGGCGGCGAGUCAGAUGGUAAAAUUCAAACAAUGACCGAUUCGGGAAUCAUUCAAAAUAACGACAAACCUCCUUUAAUGGACACCGUUCGUGAAAAAACACCCGUGAACAUUGAAGACAUGAAGAAAAAUCCUGAAGAUGGUACUUUAACGGUAACCGAAAAGAUGGAAGAUAGAGUACAAGCUUCUCCGAUUUCCACAACAUCUGCACCGAUUCUAACGACAACGACAUCGAUUCCUACUACGACGGCAGCACCCAUAAUGGCAACUGCCAUGCCAACUUCUCCUACGACUACACCUGCACCACCGAUUACGCAACCCUCGACGACUCCUUCACCGACCACCGAAGUUUCAACCAGCAAAAAACGUAGCAGAGUAAGAAGAAUACGAAAGAGACCGAAUAGAAAACCUAAAACUGCUGUCGUGGUAGAAGGAGAAGAAGGUGGACAGAAAAAGAGACAUCUGUUGGGAAUCGAACGUCCUCAUCACGAUGCCGAUAAGAAGAAAUUGGUACUUCCGAAAUUAAGAAAAAUAAAUCCGAAAUUUGCACGAUUUGGAAAUGAACCCGCUAACGAAAAGAAGUCGGUCGAUGUGUUAAAGAACGAUGAAAAGAUGAUGACGGAACCAUCAUUGUUUAAAGAAGAGACUCGAGAAAAACCGCGGGAAAUUCAAAUCCCAACUGAUACUCCGUCCAUGAUUAUGAACAGAAACGAAGAAUUAUUAAAAGACAUACAAAAAAUUGUUGACGAAGAACAUUUUUUAGAACAGAAUUCAAAAAUCGAAAACGACAAAUUAAAAACGAAUGGAAAAGAAUUUUCAAAAGAAAUCGAGAAUUCAAUGAUUUGGCCAAAAGCAACCACAGAAGAUUACGCGAAAAUGAUGGCAACAGCGACAACAGCAACAGCAACAACAGCUAAAAUGCAAGACGAAGAUGAUUCAAUGAUGAAAUCCUCACAACAAAUUCUCACCGGAGAAACGGGAGAUGAACAAAAAAAAAAAAAAAUCAUUCCAGACGAUGACGAUGACGAUGACGGGAUCAUCACGACAGAAAGUGAAUUUAAAGUUGGACAAAAACCACCGAAAACAGAAAAUUUUAAAGAAAAUAAAUCAAAGAAAACAAUACAAUCGAGAACUACGGAAUCUGCGCAGUCGUUUGAAAACAUUGAUUUUUGGUCGGAAGAAAAUUCUGCUGAAGUGACUCACAGCAGCGAAGAAGCAGAAGAAGAAGAAGAAAGAAACAUGAUCGAUUCGGAAAAUAUUAAAAUGAAAAAAAAAAAAAUAACUGAUGGACCUUUCAACGGUUUGAGAAAACGUCGUGCAACUUUUUUCAACGCUAAAAAAAAUGACAACGAAAACGAAGAAGAUGAUUAUUCCUCCGAAGAAAGGAUAAAAAGGUUCAAACAAAUGGUUUAUCGAAAGGCUCCACCGACACCACCUGCGAAAAGAACCCUUAAAAAUGACAUACAUUCCAUAAGUAACAGUUUGGGAGCCGACGAAUUUCUUCGAAUGGCCGGUUCCACGGUACGAGUUAUGUUUGAUGACGUCAUACCGGAAGCCUACGGACAAACGAAAUUAAAAAUACAAAACAUGGGAUUGUCGGAAUACAUAAAAGAAUUUGGAAAUCUCGUUCAGCAAAUGAGAAAUUUAGAUCAGAUUUUUUUAAACAUCGGUGAAGCUGCCGUCAAGGGUUACAUAAGAGGAAACAAACCGGAAAAAGGACCCAACAUUCAAAUCAUAUCGAGAAAGAAAAGAGAUGUCGGAAUGACGGAGGGAUACGGAAACAGCGAAGAAAAUCCGUGGAAUGAAUCCGCGAAUGACGAUCCACCCUCAAUCGAAAUGAAAACUCCAACACUGGCAUCGUUGGAAGAACUUGAGACUCCCGCGGGAAAAGGGUACGUCGGAGAGGUGGGUACGUAUGGGAGUUCUGAAGGAAACGAAGAAUAUGCGAGGACUAGCACGCAAGAAACGAUCCCUGUUACUACCGGAAGACGGGAUAAUUGGAACGUUAAAAAAUCUUGGAAUGGGUUUGGGACGAUGGUUUCAUCAGAUAAUGAAACCGGGAAUAAAAAUAUGGAACCGAGUGAGGACAAGAAGACCCUGGAAACGAUUCAGAAGUCGACGACUCCUGUUUUAAAUCGGGAUGAUGUCGAUGAUAAAUUUCCAAAGGGGUUGACGACGGGAAAAAGAGACGUCGAUCAACAAAUGAAAUCGAAAAUAAAAGAUUCGUCGUCGGGAAACGUCGCCGUUAAUAAAAAACCAAAUUUGAAAUAUCAAAAAAAAUUAACCGACGAUCAAAUAAAAACGAUAUUGCAAGACAAAGCCGUCACGGAUUGGUUAAAUUCGUACAUAAAAGAUGACCUCAAAGAAAAUAUAACACCCUGGAUAAAAACGACAAAAGAUUUUAUACAGCAAGCUCUGACGACACUUCAAAGGCAAAGACAACUCUCGGAAAUACUUAAAAAAGACGCCAAUAAUAAAAUAAAAGACUCGCAAAAAAAUUUGGGAAAAAGAGAAAUCGUUGACGAUGUGAAUCCAUCACUUCCGGUUUAUCACAUGAUUUCACCAUCGUUGAACAAAAAACGGGAAACGAAAAAACAAACGGAAGAAAGUUUGAUACGUCACUUGAGAGAAUUACAACCGGGGGUUUACGUCGUACCAACGGACGACAUGACGAACGUGAGAUCCGAACAGUUCACGAACGAAGCAAAAGACAAAACGGGAGUCCCUAACGUCGUCACCCUAAACAUUUACUACGAUAAAAAAAAUCAGGGAGACGCGGAAAAGGGUGAAGCAAAGGAAAACGCGGAGCCGCGUAUCAGUCAGGACACCGUGACGUACUAUCAGAACAAAGCCUGGAAUUCCGUGGCGAGUCACUACGAUCAAAACAAUCAAUUCGUAUCCCCGAUAGGAGUCCAGGAAAUGCCGAUGGUUGCACCCGUACACGUGACACCCGUGUUCGCACCCGAUCCGAGAGUAGCCGAACCUCCACCGAAUUCUCGUCUCAUACAAUAUCCGGCAACUAAUUAUCAUUAUCCUCCGACGCAAAAAAUCAUAACAUCCGUCGUUCCGAACCCGAUGAUGAGUCCCGUUCUCUACGUUCAACCGGAAACGACAUUCAUACCUCAAACUCCCGAAACUAAAAGCAGGUGGCGAAAUUUUAAAGUUCCUGGAACGGGAUUGCCGACGGGACCUUCUAAUUUCAAUUCCGGAUGGAAUUUGCAAUUUGGUACCCCACCGGCCACGUCGAAAAAAAUUCCAAAAAGUAAACUUUUGACUUCUUCGUCCUACAACCCUCAUUUUAAAUCGUUGAGCGAUAAAAAACGAUCCGUUGGUAAUUUUAAAUUGACUCCCCAAUGGUCGGAGACUGCUAUACCAUUUUGGAACUUUUUCGAACCUUUAUCGGAGGAACAAGAAGACAACGUCGAAUCGUCCGUAGAAGAAAACGAAAAGGAAACCGUUGGAAAAAUCGAUUCGGAAGAUAUCAUUGCUGAAAAUCGUAAACUCGUCGAAGAAGAAUCUAUGAAAAAUAACGAUAAAAAAUCGGAAACGGAAAUGAAAGAAUCGGAAACGAAUAAAGAAAUCAAACAACAACCGGAAGAAGAAGUAGAAGUAGAAGAAGAAGUUGAUGGAAAAAAAGAUGAAAAUAGAAGAAAACGUUCUGUCGAUUACUGGAAAGAUUUUGAAAGAACGAAAAGAUCUUCUUAUCCAUACGGUGUAGAAUUUCAAGAACACGACAUACUUCCUCAAUGGUUUGGAACUUAUCAACAACUCGAUAACACUCUCGACGAUUUCGCUCCACACAUCAGACGAUCGCAUAUAGUGUCGACACCCUGGUCCGACGAAGAAGAAGAAUUGUUAUCGACUUUACUCGAAGCAGACGACGAUUUAGGUUUAUUCGAUUUACCUGACGAAGAUUAUUAUUUUUCAAACGACAACGCGUUACCCAGAUACAGGAGACAUCCAAGAAGCACCGACGUCAAAGACAGUCCGUCGAUAAAAACAAACAUGAUAAUGAAAUCAACGAAAAACAACAACAACAACGCCGAAGAUGAAAACAAAACGAAAACAAAAACCGGACUCAAAAGUCUAAUAGGAAAAGAUAGUUCCCUGGAAAUAAUGACAGACACGAAAAUGAAAAACCCGAGACCGACACCGCUUGAAAUAAAAAAAAAAAUCCAACAACAAAUCCAACAACAGCAGCUACAACAGCAGCUGCAACAACAGCUACAACAACCGCAACAACAGCAACAACCACAACAAACAACAGAACAAAUCGAUCAAUCGAACAUGAUAACAAAUCAAAUUCCGAUUCCUCCUCCAGCCGCUGGAGCUUUAUCAAUGUUUUUCCAACCGAUACCAUUUCAACAACCAAUUGGAGGAAUUCCAAUGCCUAAUGACACGACGGAUAUGAAAAAAAUACAAAACGACGAAGCUUUUUAUUAUUUUUUUAAAUACGCCUAUGAUUCAUUCGUUAGAGUCAUGAAAAGCAUGACAGAAUUAUUUUAA